UGGCAGAUAAGAAUGGCAGACAACUCCAUCCACAAAAUUGCCUUUCAAACCCGCUAUGGAUCGUACGAGUAUCUGGUGAUAGCGUUCGGACUCACCAACGCACCGGCAACCUUCCAAGUCGAGAUGAACCACAUCCUCUACCCAUUAAUAUACGAGUGCAUGGUGUUGUACUUGGACAAUAUCCUUAUGUACUCGCGCAAUAUGAAAUAUGAUGUCGAACACAUCCGACGCGCCUUUGCGAUCCUUCGACGGAAACACUUCUAUGUCAAACUAUGCAAGAACGAAAUCACCCUCAAGAUAGUCCAGUUCCUUGGACACAUGGUUAGCACUCAAGGAUUCCACGUCGACCCCAAGAUCGAAGCCAUUUGUAUGUGGAAGGCACCCAAGAACGUGAAGGAGUUACUACAGUUCCUAGGCUUCGCCAAUUAUUACAACAGGUUCGUGGCACAGUAUGCAAAAAUUGCCACACCACUCAUAAAUCUGCUGAAUAAUAAAGGCUACCACCUACCAACAGCGGCCAUAACACGGUCCUUGUUGUCAUCAACAAUUUCUCCAAGAUGGGACAAUUCAUCCCAACACACACGACAGCACGCACCGAGGAGACAACACAACUGUUCGUUUGAUACAUCAUCUUACGGCAUGGUGUUCCAACCACAGUCAUCUCCGACCGAGACCCUAAGUUCACCAGCAAAACCUGGAAAGAACUUGUGCCAGCAUUACCUAUGUGCAUAGCCUAUGCUUAACUCUCGACAGAUUUG